UGCCGAGUCGUUGCUUUGAGGAGACAUGUGCGAGUUGUCUGCUGUGCCCGCUCUUCGUGCUCUCUCGUUUCCAUCAGCGCGCCAGCAGGAUGGCCCACAAGCAGAUCUACUACUCGGACAAGUACUUCGACAAGCACUACGAGUACCGGCAUGUUAUGUUACCCAGAGAACUUUCCAAACAAGUACCUAAAACUCACCUGAUGUCUGAAGAGGAGUGGAGGAGACUUGGUGUCCAACAGAGUCUAGGCUGGGUUCAUUACAUGAUUCAUGAGCCAGAACCACAUAUUCUUCUGUUUAGACGACCUCUUCCAAAAGAUCAACAAAAAUGAAGUUUACCUGGGGAAUAUCAAAUAUUUUUCAAAUUUAAUG